AUGAACUGUGACUGUGAGCGACCUGGAGAACCGCAAAUGUUUACUAAAAAUAGACAGUGCGGUUAUCCUCAGGAAUGUGGUGUAGACGAACUCGCUGAAGGUUACAUUACACUGAUAUUUUGUCACGUUUCAACAGGCUGGAAUGGGUUUGUCACGAGUACGCACAUUAGUGAGCACGAACUGGCUAAAGGAACAACUCUUCAGUAAAACUAGCAAGGGCGGACCACUCCGAGUGCUUGACACAACAUGGCAAUCCAAGGAUGAUGUUAACUUUUAUGAAGAGUACUACAAGAAAUCUCAUAUCCCAACCGCUCUGUACUUCAGUCUUGAUGAAUGUGUCCAUCCCACGAAACUGAUUCAGCGAAAUCUGCCUGAUCUGAACUGUUUCAAUCACUACAUCCAGAGGUUAGGAAUCUCUAGUGACACGCACGUGAUAGCCUAUGACCAAAUCACUGCACGAUCAUCUCUCAGAACAUGGUGGCUGUUCAGGUUGUAUGGUCAUUCGAAGAUCUCUAUGCUUGAUGGAGGUUUUAACAAGUGGCUGGAUGAUGGGUACGAAGUGUCGACAGAAGAGCCCCAAGUUGAGAAGACAGAUUAUCUUCUUAAACCAAAGUUUGAGUUAAUGCGUGACUAUGAUGCUAUGGUGCAAAAUGUGAAAAGUAAGGUCGAACAGAUUAUGGAUUCGAGAAGCUGGGAGGAAUUCUCUGGACAUAAACAGCCAGAAAAACCAGAAGAUCUGAAGACUGGGCACAUACCUGGUGCGAGAAAUAUUCCAUUUGAAGACCUUUUUAAUGAAGAUGGCACAUUCAAAUCAGACAAAGAUUUGAAAUUAUUGUUUGACAAGGCUGAGAUUGAUUUGAACAAGCCACUGGUGGCCUCCUGUAUGACUGGGUUAACAGCUUGUGGACUGGCAGCAGCCGCACACUGUCUGGGGAAGGAGAAUGUACCAGUCUACUAUGGAUCAUGGAAAGAGUGGGUACAGCGAGCAGACGACAACAUGGUUGCUGUGGUGAAAAAAGAAAGAUAAAUAAUGAAAUAUCCGAUGUUUAAUUAUACUCAAGAUAUAAUAUAUUCACAUGUUUUGUAUUUGCUUCAGUAGUAUAAAAAGACAAAGACUAAGGUUCAUAGGAACUGGGGGUUUGGAUGUCAGGACAAAAAUGUAUGUGUUUUGUGUUAAUCUUUAAAAAGAAAAACAUCUCGCUUGUGUUCCCCCUCCACUAGCGAUUGUGUCCUCACCCACCAAUUCAAAUAGUGUUCCUAUUUCAGUUAUUCCAGCCACAUUGAUAUAGAGCUCUCAAGAGGUUUUCAUUGGGACUAUAUUUUUUAAGAAUAUUAUUAACAUGAUAACUUCACCCAUUAAUGAUAUAUACACAUACUAAUAUACUUUUUUUGGUAUUUGAUUCACCCUCACCCCAUCUCCCAAAACACAAUGGUGUAUUUAGUAUUUGUGUUAACUGAUAGAAAGGAAUAAUUAUUGUCUACUAAAACAAACCUAUUUGAUUCUGAUUUGACCAGAAAUAGUCGUUAGAACUGUUGGCAUUUUUUGAAACCAUCUAACGCUAUGUAUUAGUAGAGGUGACAUGAUAUACCGAUGCAUCAAUACAUCACGAUACUACUGCUGGUGUAUUCAUUCCUAUUUUGACCAUGUAUCGAUUCCUAUAUAAAUUUUGUAUUCAUUUACCGGUAUCAAUUUGUACUGGUUAUGUACUUAUUGACAAGUUAUUUCCCCUUGCCUGCUUAUGUCAGUAUGUCUGUGAUGUGAUAUUUCUACAUGAAAACUGUGUCUAAUCAGUGUUUUACUUUUAAUCAGGUUUAUGCCUUAUAUUUAUAUCAAUUCACCUAAGCUUCAACUUCUUAUUUUACUGGGAAAACAUUGUGAAUGAGGUAUCACAAUACACAUUGUAUCAUGGGUUAAGUAUUGUGAUACGUUUUGUACUAGUAUUGCAAUAUUUGACACUAUAUUUUAGUGUACAUAUUGCAAAUUCCACCAAUUACAAACUAUUAUAAAAUGGUAAAAUUAAAACUUGUAACUACAUUUAUAUUAUAUUUAAUUUUAUUUGUCUUAGAAAUGCUUGAAAAUUACAUGCAUGUUUAACUUUCAAAAAACAUGCAUGUAAUUUUCAAGCAUUUCACUCUAGUAGAAACUUGAGUUUCAUUUAUUUAAUGUUUCCAUUGUGAGAUAGGUUACACUUACAUAAUAUAUAAUAUACAGAGAUUUUCUUGAAAAUGUUUAAUUUUAUUUUUUUCAUAAACAUGAAAUGGCAGUUGUAUUAUUUUUUGGCAGUGCAUCAAACUAUUGAGUUGAAAUUUUAUGUAUAGCUUUAUCAUGUUCUGUUAUAGAAUAGGUUUGACAUCAUGGCAAUUUACACAUUUUUCACAGUUAUGGCCCUUGACUUUUUCUUCUUUUUUUUUCUUUUGUUUUUAAGAUUUGUUUUGCUGUGCCUGAAGAUAUUGAGAUGAUUUUUUUUUAUAUAGCUUUAUCAUGUAUUGUUACAAAUCAAAUUUAAACUUUCAUGGCGAUUUACACAUUUUUUCACAGUUAUGUUUCUUGUAUUUAGGAAAUGCUAAUAUUUGUUGGGGCCCAGUAGAUGACAUGUAUUGCUUUAGCAGCACUCUCAGGACGCUUGUUUUAUUAACCUGACAGACAAUAUGGAACAAGAUAAAUGCAUCAUUACGAAGGAAGUUUGUGUCAUUAAAUGUGAUAUUAUGGGUCUGCAUAUGUGCUGACCUCACAAUGACCAUAAACACCACUAACCAUAUUGUGUGAUUUCUUAAAUUGUGGUUAGUGAUAUGUAACUGAUGGGCAAUAAUGGUGGCUGGUUGAAACUGGUUUUGGAGGGUUGCAAUUCAGGACUCUGGUGGAGCCAGUGAUAUUUAGUCAAUAGAUAAAUGUAGGUGUUCUCAAUCAUGUCACACCAAAUCUAGGUGUUCUCAAUCAUGUCGCACCAAAUCUAGGUGUUCUCAAUCAUGUCACACCAAAUCUAGGUGUUCUCAAUCAUGUCGCACCAAAUCUAGGUGUUCUCAAUCAUGUCGCACCAAAUCUAGGUGUUCUCAAUCAUGUCGCACCAAAUCUAGGUGUUCUCAAUCAUGUCGCACCAAAUCUAGGUGUUCUCAAUCAUGUCGCACCAAAUCUAGGUGUUCUCAAUCAUGUCGCACCAAAUCUAGGUGUUCUCAAUCAUGUCACACCAAAUCUAGGUGUUCUCAAUCAUGUCACAUCAAAAUGUCUGGCAACAUUGCUGAUAUACUAAUACCUGCUUGAAGCAUUCCAACUGAUCUAUCGCUGUCGUUUGGAGUCAAGCAUGUCAUGGUUCAAAGGAAUAUAUUAUUUAGUAUAUACUUAAGACAUAUUUAUCUGAUAUUGCUUUAGUCACCUAGGUGGAAUCAAUUUCAUAUAACAUAAGAUCACAUUAGUUGGCCGUUUUUAUCAUCACUGCACAUUACAAAUGCAUUUUUUUAAAUAAAAUAUUUACUAGGUUUUGUCUUUAACUUAGUGGAAAAUGGAUAUAUUUGAUUUGUUUAACUAUGAUGGUAAUUACAUUACAUGUAAAAAAAAAAAAAUUAACAUGAGAUUAUGGUGUUGUAUUGUGCAAUCAAUGAAUGUCAAUAUUGAUCUUUAUUUUGAUGAAUUGACAUAAUAUUAUUGCAUGUCUAACUUAAUAAUAGUAUAUUUUAAAGUAUUUUGCUUGUUAUGAAUAUUUUUUAUUGUUAGUCGACUCUGUCCUCUUUUGGCAGUGAUAAUUAGCUUAGUCCAGUUGUUCAAAAGUAUAACUUAUUCAGUGAUUAAAAAAAAUUCUCUAAACAAAAACUUUAAUACAAUCAGCAAAGAUUUCCUAAUUUUGGAUUGCACAUUACAGCUUUACAAGGGCAUCAGAAAGAAUUUGACAUUGGGGAGGCAGAGUGUGUUAGAGGGUUGACCCCUCUAUGUGAAUGAUGUUAUUUAACUUUCAGGCAAUUCAAUGAUAAAAAUUAAUUUCUGUGUAUGUUUGAAAAAGUACAUCAUAUUAAAUGAUGUUGCUAAUAUCCUUAUGAUUGUUUAAUAUUUUUUAACAACUGUGCCAUUUUUACUAAGCAUUAAAAAAAUAUUAUAUUAUAUAUACAUGUAUUACUUACCUUGUUACCUUUAUUCUUCACUUCUAAUAUUAUAAAUUAAUUACUUUCAGUAAAAUUUGGUAUAAAAUUCCUAUAACACUGUCAUAUGAGUCUCUGUUUUUUUAAAUAGUUUUUCUAUAGUAUUUUAAAUAGCUUUUGAAAAUAAACAAUUUUUAUUACAUUUA